GUAGGACAGUUCGAAUUUGAACCCAGUACUUACGGACCGUUGUGGUGCUUCAGCGAGGACAACGCUGCACAGUGUUGCACAGUUAUUUUGAGUUACUUUGACUUUACAAUGUUUUUUAGAUUCGUUAGCGCGAUUGUGACCAGGUCGUUGUUUAUUCUGUUAUCGCUAGUCGGAGUUUGGAGGGUGACGUGGGUUAAAAAUGAUUUUAUGUACUGGUUACUCACAAUUCUUUUCCUACCUCUUUUUGUCGAAAUGAUUAUAACUUUGAAAAGAAGAAAAGGAAAAGACUACAAAUGGUUCUCUCCAGCCAUCCUACUGUUCCUAAUCAGCAUCAUUCCUUCCAUAUGGAUUCUGGAAUUACAUCACCAGCAGAACAAAUCCAGUGACCCGCAGUGCAAGAAGCUGGACUCCUGGGAGAAUGUCAGGAAUAUGAUUUCUAUCAACUCCACUGUGGGGAAUCACACUUUACAGGCGGUGGCUGAUCUUGUCUCCACGAGUUUAGACCAGCUCCUCUCUAAGGUGUGUCCAAACGAUUGGAUCCUCGCUCUUCAUCAGGUGCUCCUCCUCCUCCUUAUCAUUGGCAAAUGGUUCCUCCCCAUUGGGGGCGGUGUCACCCGUGACGAGCUUUCACAACUGCUGCUCAUCUUCGUUGGCACGGCAGCAGAUAUCUUGGAGUUCACCAGCGAGACCCUGUCUGAUGUGAAGGAGAAUAGUCCUCAGCUGGUGUAUAUAAUCCUAGGAGUGUGGACGUGGAGUAUGCUGCAGUUUCCUCUCCAUCUGGCAGUGGUGACCUCGCGGCCCCAGGACUCGUGUGAAUCGGGCGCGGAUGCGGGGGGGUCGGGUGCAGAGGGGGGGUCACCUGGGUGCUGCGGCACCACCCUCCUGGCCCGGCACAGCACGGACAUCUGGAACAUCGUGGAGAGCCUCUUCAUCCAGGACGGGCCCUUCCUGGUGGUGCGGCUCACCGUCAUGACCUACUUCGACGUCUUCCACCAGAUGCUGGUCUUCUUCGCCAUCAAGAACUUCCUGGUGGUCGUGCUCAACUUCUACCGCCUCGUCGUCAUCUGCCAGGACUACAAGCCCUCCUCCUCCUCCUCGGCCACGCCACUGCGCCAGUAGAGUGGGAAGAGAGAGGAGUGAGAGGAGAGACACACACUCACACACACACACACACACACACUUUCACACCAACACACACACACACACACAUACACACACACACAUGUGACAUUUUUUUCAAAAGACUCACACACCCUAAGAUACAUGUAUAACCUCACCCCCCCCCCCCCUCCACACACCGUAAGCUACAUGUAUAAACUCACACACACAUAUGGAAACACAGGCACACACACACACCGUAAGCUACAUGUAUAAAUCCACACACACACCCAUAUGCAAACACAGGCACACACACACACACAGACUCACACACAAAUGUAACAUACAGACCUCUGUGAUAUUUACAGUGACACACUAACAUGGGUAAAAACCCUAUUCUUCAUCCCUGGAACCUUUUUGGGGGGGAAAGAGGAAUGAGGAAGAAGAAAAAAGGGAUAGGAUCAGACAAAGCCAAACAAGUGUAUAAAGCCCAUGAGAUCAUCUGGCCAUCUGAUGACCUUGUGGUUUCUGUGGUUUGGCAAAAAUGUGUGUGUGUGUGUGUGUGUGUGUGUGUGUGUGUGUGUGUGUGUGUGUGUGUGUGUGUGUGUGUGUGUGUGU